CCUCUCUCUCUCUCAAUUUUCCUCAGGUAUGACGAUACCAGAAGAAGACACAGAGGCAGGUCAGACGGGAAAAUACUGCCUAGUGGCCAUUGGAAGACUGCAGGUGACCAGCUCUCCAGUUUCUAUGGAUAUGAAUGGCCUUUCAGUACCGACAGAGUUCUUGUCACGUCACAACUCAGAUGGUGUCAUCACAUUCGUCGACCCGCGCUGCAUCAACGUCAUUGGUUAUCAGCCUCAGGACCUGCUGGGAAAAGAUAUUCUGGAGUUCUGUCAUCCUGAAGACCAGAGUCACCUGAGAGAAAGUUUUCAGCAGGUGGUUAAAUUGAAGGGCCAGGUCCUGUCGGUGAUGUAUCGUUUCCGAAUGAAGAACAGGGAGUGGAUGCUAAUACGAACCAGCAGCUUCACCUUCCAGAACCCAUACUCUGAUGAGAUAGAGUACAUCAUCUGCACCAACACCAAUGUCAAGCAGCUACAGCAGCAGCAGCAAGCAGAGCUGGAGGUUCACCAGAGAGACGGACUGACUGCCUACGAUCUUUCCCAGGUGCCCGUGGCCAGUGUCAGCAGUGGAGUUCACGAGGCUGGGAAGAACAUUGACAAGACAGAAGCCCUGUUCUCCCAGGAGAGAGACCCACGUUUUGCUGAGAUGUACACCAGCAUCUCUGGCUCGGGAGAUAAGAAGAUGAUGGUUCCCACUUCUACAGCUGGAGGACAGCAGCUCUACUCCCAGAGCUCUCCCUUUCAGCAGGGACACUCUGGAAAGAGCUUCAGUUCCUCUGUGAUCCACGUCCCUGGUGUGAAUGACAUCCAGCCAUCGGGCUCAUCCAAUCAGAAUCUAGCUCAGAUCUCCAGACAGCUCAAUCCAGGGCAGGUGGCAUGGUCCGGCAACCGACCCCCCUUCUCUGGACAGCCUAGUAAAGCCCAGUCCAGCCCAUUUGGUAUUGGUUCUGGCCACAGUUACCAGACUGACCCAGCCUCCUACAGUCCCCUGUCGUCCCCAGCCACUUCCUCACCCAGCGGCAAUGCCUACUCAGGACUGACAAACCGCAGCACAGCUUUUGAUGUGGCGGGGGAGAGCAGUCAGAGCGGAGCCCAGUUCCCGGGUCGUCCCAGUGAGGUCUGGUCUCAGUGGCAAAACCAGCAUCACUCCCAACAGGCAGGGGAACAGCACACACACCCCAACCCCAGCCAGACAGAAGUUUUCCAGGACAUGUUACCCAUGGCUGGAGAUCCCACCCAGGGAACAGCCAACUACAACAUUGAAGACUUCGCUGACCUCGGCAUGUUCCCACCAUUCUCUGAGUAAUAUCUCCCUCUCUUCAUCACGUUCCCUCUCAGAACAGGUCGUUCAUUUGUCUACAUUGCUGGAUCACCAUCACAGAGCCGACAGGCAGCAUGGCGAAUGUCUGGGUGGACUUGUCAUUUGCACACAUACAAACACACAGUCCACUAAUGUUUGGGCUCCAAAGCCUGCAGUAUGUUUCUGUGCACAUACACAUACCUCAUCACUACAGAAUGGAACUUUGCUGACAGAUGGGUGAAACAUCAAUCAAGUCUGUAUUAGUUCUUCAUCUGUAGUUGGAUGGACACAGUCUUGAGCUCUUCGGUCUGGUCACUGAAACUGUCGAGCUCUCUGCAAUCACCAUCGGUAUGACCAGAUGGGGUCAUAAGGAAAUUGCAGCUGUAUUUGUUAUUAAGACUGCUAUCAGCAUUAUUAUCCAAGAUUUUACACUUCUUUCCUUUCGAUAUGGUAAAGGAAGCCAAAUGAAGUUUUGACUAAAAGUCUGUGUCCACAUGUCCAGCUGCUGUUCUUGUCUGCAGAAAUCUGUGCAGAUUACCACAAUUUAGGGCUGUGCCAACUGCAUCACUCUGUUGGAGGGUAUCUGAGAGGGGUUUUUUUCCCAUCAGUUGCGAUUACAAUUACAAUUCAGGAAAUAAACAUAGGUUUAUUUAUGUUAUUCUGUUCUCAACAACAGAGAAGCUCAGUCAUGUAGUAAGACACUGGGUAGUUAUAUCAUGCAUUUACCUUGCUCUUCAAAUGUGACAUGGCACUAACUUUACACCUACUAUUUUGUUGUUUCUAGACAACAGAAUGCAAACAUGCUGCAGUAAAUUGGAACCAAAUAUUUAUUGACUAAACAGGAAAUAUGCUUUUUGAUCAUUUCAGCCUUUGUGAGGGUCUUGAUGUAAAGCUCCUGUAUUCUGUGGACGCAGUAGCUUCUUCAUAUUGCAUUUAACUGUAUCACCAAGAUAACGAAUCACUACUUAUUAUAGAAGAAAGCCUUCCCUGGUAGGCUAGUGGUUAAGGCGCAGCGCUUUCACCGCUGCGGCACAGGUUCGAAUCAAGGUUGUGUCAGGAAGGGCAUUCGGCAUAAAACACAUGCCAAAUGUCAAAAUGCGAGUCGUCAUUGUGACAAUUCGCUGUGGCGACCCCUAAACGGGAAAAAGCCGAAAGUGACUUUCGUACUUAUUAUAGAAGAAUGCAGGCCUAUACUACUCCAGAAAAGUUUCCCAAAUUGGUCAGAAGCCUUGCUUAACUGGGAUUAUGACUGAGGAGGUUCUUUCACAGCUGAGAGAACACAGAACCAAGUGGAAAUGUGGCACUGUGAGUCGGCUGACAGCUGUAUACAUGUCAGUCCAGACAGGAUGUCACUAACUCACAGUACGUUAUGACAAACAACCAGCAGACUAGUAAGUGACCAGGGGCCCAUUUCAAGAAGUAGGUUUAACAAACUCAGAGUUCAAACCUGAACUCUGAGUUGACUUACACAGAGUUGGAAAACUUGGAGUUUUCGG